AUGAGACUCCGCGUCCUCGUCGGCGGCCUCCUGGUCGGCACCGCAGCCGCGGCCCCGGCCACGGAUCCCAAGUCAGAGGGCGGUGGCAAGGGCGGUGGCAAGGGCGGUGGCGGCGGCAGCCAGACGCGCAUCCUCAUGUCGGGCGAGGGCAGCAUCAUGCUGGGCACGGUGCGGGCGUCCGGGGCCGGCAUCGACAUCAAGCUCAACCACUCGACCAAGGGCAUCCCGUCGUGGGUGGCGUUCCGGGCGCCCGACACGCUCUUCGCCCUCGACGAGGCGGGCACCGAGGUGCGGCCUUCGCCGGCAGCGCGGGCCUGGUGCACCUGGCGCUGA